GGUCAGGAUGGACGCGUCUCUACAAAACACGAGUAUUUCUAACCUCUGCACCGUGAAUUCAUCUUUGGUGUCGCCUUUGGAGUACAGCAUGUACCCAGCCGCCUAUUCUCUUUUUUUUAUCGUGGGUUUUCCGGCUAACUGCCUGUCUUUGUACGUAGCCUGGAUGCUGAUGAGAAACGGCAGCAACAUGGCGGUCUACCUGGUGAGCCUGUCCAUCUCGGACCUGCUUUACAUCGUCUCUCUGCCCGUGUGGAUUGAACUGUCUCUGCGGAGGCCUGUAGGCUGCGGACUCUGCAGUGUAACAGCUGUGGUCAUGAACAACAGCUUCUACGUGGGCUCGGGCCUGCUUUGCUGCAUCUCCGUCGAUCGCUACCUAGCAGUGGUCUACCCGCUCCACUUCCACUGGGUCCGAGAGGUGAGGACUGCAGCGGUGGUGUGUGUUGCAGUUUGGACUUUGGAGAUUGUAAUCCACAUUAUCCUCCUUAGCCACACAGGGGCACUGCAGGCUUUCUCCUCAAGCACCCUGUGUAUGGAGAAAAUACCUAUGUCGCAUGAGACAGCCCAUCUGGCCCUGACACGGGUCAUUCUGGGGUUCUUCGUCCCUUUCGUCAUCAUGUCUUUUUGCUUUCAGCAGAUUAUGUACUCACUCAAACGUAGCACUUCCAUUGUGGCCGAGGAACGCAGGAAAGUCGGGCGGCUGUUGUUGCUUCUCCUGCUGGCCUACGUGGUGGCCUUUGUGCCGUACCAGACUGUCAUGUUGCUCAGGGCCGUACUGGAGCCACGCACCGACACCUCGGCCUUCCAGCUCAAAGCCGCAUACCUGGUCACAGUGGCUACCACCACUCUGAAUAGUGUACUAGAUCCGAUAAUAUACUGUUUAAUCAGUGAGAGCGCUCAGGGGGAGAUUAAGAAACUUAUAGAGAAAGGAAGACAAGUUUGUAAAUGGAGGAGAAAGUCUGAGGUUUCUAAUCAAAUUCAGUCUGUUUCUCAGCAGCUAUAGAUCACUUCAGCUUAGUUUAUGUUCAUGUUUUCGUUGUGCAAGGCUGUAAUUAGUUAGGACUGCAUAAUUUCCUUUUUUUUCCCCCUUCUGAUAUGCUGCUUUCGGUUGUUUUCUCUUUUUUUGGUUGUUUUCUCUUUUUUUCCCUUCUGACAUUUUAUUAUAGCACUUUCUAAGAGUAAAUACACCAAUACUGCACUCUAAAAGGAAUAAAAAAAAAAAUGUGUACUGUUCUAUAAAAACAACUAAGUUUGAAAAUGUAAAAGUACCAGUUUGUCUCCAUUUAGUAUUUUUUACUGGUAUCUUCAAAAGUUAAUGUACUUUUCAUUCUUAGUGAUGACUUUUUUUUUCCUACUGAAUGACAUGUUUAUAUUUUAUUAUGCAAAACAUCAUCCCACCAUGU